AUGUCUGUGUUGCAUUUAGCUUGCACAGGAAAAGAGGCAGACUGUAAUCAGUGCCACAAGGAGGAUUUCAUUAUCGGUAUCUCGGUAUGUCCCUCCAACAUGGAAGCUGGCGUGGACUGUUUCGGUGGCAUGGUGACACCGUCACCGACACCUGGUAAUUUGGCUUCCUCUACAAAGAUGCCUAUUACAAGUCACGUGCAAGUUGAACCUGAUGGCCGAGUUCUCAUCACUGGCAACUCUUUGUCCAUUUUCGGCACAAUUUGUGGAGAUGGAUGGAGCGACGAGUCAGCAAGCGUGGUUUGUCGUAAUGCGGGUUUGUCCAAUACAGGUACAGCUAUCAUGUUACCGCCUUCCUCUGUCUAUAGGACGAUGUCUGUGUUGCAUUUAGCUUGCACAGGAAAAGAGGCAGACUGUAAUCAGUGCCACAAGGAGGAUUUCAUUAUCGGUAUCUCGGUAUGUCCCUCCAACAUGGAAGCUGGCGUGGACUGUUUCGGUGGCAUGCUGACACCGUCACCGACACCUGGUCACGUGCAAGUUGAACCUGAUGGCCGAGUUCUCAUCACUGGCAACUCUUUGUCCAUUUUCGGCACAAUUUGUGGAGAUGGAUGGAGCGACGAGUCAGCAAGCGUGGUUUGUCGUAAUGCGGGUUUGUCCAAUACAGGUACAGCUAUCAUGUUACCGCCUUCCUCUGUCUAUAGGACGAUGUCUGUGUUGCAUUUAGCUUGCACAGGAAAAGAGGCAGACUGUAAUCAGUGCCACAAGGAGGAUUUCAUUAUCGGUAUCUCGGUAUGUCCCUCCAACAUGGAAGCUGGCGUGGACUGUUUCGGUGGCAUGGUGACACCGUCACCGACACCUGGUAAUUUGGCUUCCUCUACAAAGAUGCCUAUUACAAGUCACGUGCAAGUUGAACCUGAUGGCCGAGUUCUCAUCACUGGCAACUCUUUGUCCAUUUUCGGCACAAUUUGUGGAGAUGGAUGGAGCGACGAGUCAGCAAGCGUGGUUUGUCGUAAUGCGGGUUUGUCCAAUACAGGUACAGCUAUCAUGUUACCGCCUUCCUCUGUCUAUAGGACGAUGUCUGUGUUGCAUUUAGCUUGCACAGGAAAAGAGGCAGACUGUAAUCAGUGCCACAAGGAGGAUUUCAUUAUCGGUAUCUCGGUAUGUCCCUCCAACAUGGAAGCUGGCGUGGACUGUUUCGGUGGCAUGGUGACACCGUCACCGACACCUGGUAAUUUGGCUUCCUCUACAAAGAUGCCUAUUACAAGUCACGUGCAAGUUGAACCUGAUGGCCGAGUUCUCAUCACUGGCAACUCUUUGUCCAUUUUCGGCACAAUUUGUGGAGAUGGAUGGAGCGACGAGUCAGCAAGCGUGGUUUGUCGUAAUGCGGGUUUGUCCAAUACAGGUACAGCUAUCAUGUUACCGCCUUCCUCUGUCUAUAGGACGAUGUCUGUGUUGCAUUUAGCUUGCACAGGAAAAGAGGCAGACUGUAAUCAGUGCCACAAGGAGGAUUUCAUUAUCGGUAUCUCGGUAUGUCCCUCCAACAUGGAAGCUGGCGUGGACUGUUUCGGUGGCAUGGUGACACCGUCACCGACACCUGGUAAUUUGGCUUCCUCUACAAAGAUGCCUAUUACAAGUCACGUGCAAGUUGAACCUGAUGGCCGAGUUCUCAUCACUGGCAACUCUUUGUCCAUUUUCGGCACAAUUUGUGGAGAUGGAUGGAGCGACGAGUCAGCAAGCGUGGUUUGUCGUAAUGCGGGUUUGUCCAAUACAGGUACAGCUAUCAUGUUACCGCCUUCCUCUGUCUAUAGGACGAUGUCUGUGUUGCAUUUAGCUUGCACAGGAAAAGAGGCAGACUGUAAUCAGUGCCACAAGGAGGAUUUCAUUAUCGGUAUCUCGGUAUGUCCCUCCAACAUGGAAGCUGGCGUGGACUGUUUCGGUGGCAUGGUGACACCGUCACCGACACCUGGUAAUUUGGCUUCCUCUACAAAGAUGCCUAUUACAAGUCACGUGCAAGUUGAACCUGAUGGCCGAGUUCUCAUCACUGGCAACUCUUUGUCCAUUUUCGGCACAAUUUGUGGAGAUGGAUGGAGCGACGAGUCAGCAAGCGUGGUUUGUCGUAAUGCGGGUUUGUCCAAUACAGGUACAGCUAUCAUGUUACCGCCUUCCUCUGUCUAUAGGACGAUGUCUGUGUUGCAUUUAGCUUGCACAGGAAAAGAGGCAGACUGUAAUCAGUGCCACAAGGAGGAUUUCAUUAUCGGUAUCUCGGUAUGUCCCUCCAACAUGGAAGCUGGCGUGGACUGUUUCGGUGGCAUGCUGACACCGUCACCGACACCUGGUAAUUUGGCUUCCUCUACAAAGAUGCCUAUUACAAGUCACGUGCAAGUUGAACCUGAUGGCCGAGUUCUCAUCACUGGCAACUCUUUGUCCAUUUUCGGCACAAUUUGUGGAGAUGGAUGGAGCGACGAGUCAGCAAGCGUGGUUUGUCGUAAUGCGGGUUUGUCCAAUACAGGUACAGCUAUCAUGUUACCGCCUUCCUCUGUCUAUAGGACGAUGUCUGUGUUGCAUUUAGCUUGCACAGGAAAAGAGGCAGACUGUAAUCAGUGCCACAAGGAGGAUUUCAUUAUCGGUAUCUCGAUAUGUCCCUCCAACAUGGAAGCUGGCGUGGACUGUUUCGGUGGCAUGCUGACACCGUCACCGACACCUGGUAAUUUGGCUUCCUCUACAAAGAUGCCUAUUACAAGUCACGUGCAAGUUGAACCUGAUGGCCGAGUUCUCAUCACUGGCAACUCUUUGUCCAUUUUCGGCACAAUUUGUGGAGAUGGAUGGAGCGACGAGUCAGCAAGCGUGGUUUGUCGUAAUGCGGGUUUGUCCAAUACAGGUACAGCUAUCAUGUUACCGCCUUCCUCUGUCUAUAGGACGAUGUCUGUGUUGCAUUUAGCUUGCACAGGAAAAGAGGCAGACUGUAAUCAGUGCCACAAGGAGGAUUUCAUUAUCGGUAUCUCGGUAUGUCCCUCCAACAUGGAAGCUGGCGUGGACUGUUUCGGUGGCAUGCUGACACCGUCACCGACACCUGGUAAUUUGGCUUCCUCUACAAAGAUGCCUAUUACAAGUCACGUGCAAGUUGAACCUGAUGGCCGAGUUCUCAUCACUGGCAACUCUUUGUCCAUUUUCGGCACAAUUUGUGGAGAUGGAUGGAGCGACGAGUCAGCAAGCGUGGUUUGUCGUAAUGCGGGUUUGUCCAAUACAGGUACAGCUAUCAUGUUACCGCCUUCCUCUGUCUAUAGGACGAUGUCUGUGUUGCAUUUAGCUUGCACAGGAAAAGAGGCAGACUGUAAUCAGUGCCACAAGGAGGAUUUCAUUAUCGGUAUCUCGGUAUGUCCCUCCAACAUGGAAGCUGGCGUGGACUGUUUCGGUGGCAUGGUGACACCGUCACCGACACCUGGUAAUUUGGCUUCCUCUACAAAGAUGCCUAUUACAAAUAACAGGACGGAAGAAGUAUAUAUCGGUCCGAAUGGUCGUGUCAUGGUGUUUGACAAAGUUAAGGGAAUAGAAGGUACAGUGUGCAGUAACGCUUGGGAUGAUCGAGAUGCCGAAGUUGUUUGUCGGUAUCUUGGUCUAGGUAGUCCAGCUGUGGCGGAAACUCUGCCAAGGGACUUUGGCUUCAACAGGACAGCGUUUGGUAUACAUUGUCUUGGCAACGAGACUGAUAUUUCGCAAUGUAGUGCCGAUACAUAUGAUGUAACUAUGGGAGCAUGUGACCAAAUGGGCGAUGCUGUGGCGAGAUGUGCAAUGAUGCCAGUGACAAACAACAUAACACACGACGUAUACAUUGAUCCAAGUGGUCGAGUUAUGAUGUUUGAUAAAGCAAAGAGAACUGAGGGCACUGUGUGCAGUAACGCUUGGGAUGACCGAGACGCCGAAGUGCUUUGUCGAUAUCUUGGUCUAGGUGGUCCGGCUUCAGCAGAAACUUUGCCAAGGGACUUUCGCUUUAACAGAACAGCGUUUGGUAUACAUUGUCUUGGAAAUGAGACUGAUCUUUGGCAAUGCAAGGGUGACAACUACGACGUAACUAUGGGAGCUUGCAACUAUAUGGAUGAUGCCGUGGCGAGAUGUGGAAUCACGCCCAAGACAAAUAACAGGACGGAAGAAGUAUAUAUCGGUCCGAAUGGUCGUGUCAUGGUGUUUGACAAAGUUAAGGGAAUAGAAGGUACAGUGUGCAGUAACGCUUGGGAUGAUCGAGAUGCCGAAGUUGUUUGUCGGUAUCUUGGUCUAGGUAGUCCAGCUGUGGCGGAAACUCUGCCAAGGGACUUUGGCUUCAACAGGACAGCGUUUGGUAUACAUUGUCUUGGCAACGAGACUGAUAUUUCGCAAUGUAGUGCCGAUACAUAUGAUGUAACUAUGGGAGCAUGUGACCAAAUGGGCGAUGCUGUGGCGAGAUGUGCAAUGAUGCCAGUGACAAACAACAUAACACACGACGUAUACAUUGAUCCAAGUGGUCGAGUUAUGAUGUUUGAUAAAGCAAAGAGAACUGAGGGCACUGUGUGCAGUAACGCUUGGGAUGACCGAGACGCCGAAGUGCUUUGUCGAUAUCUUGGUCUAGGUGGUCCGGCUUCAGCAGAAACUUUGCCAAGGGACUUUCGCUUUAACAGAACAGCGUUUGGUAUACAUUGUCUUGGAAAUGAGACUGAUCUUUGGCAAUGCAAGGGUGACAACUACGACGUAACUAUGGGAGCUUGCAACUAUAUGGAUGAUGCCGUGGCGAGAUGUGGAAUCACGCCCAAGACAAAUAACAGGACGGAAGAAGUAUAUAUCGGUCCGAAUGGUCGUGUCAUGGUGUUUGACAAAGUUAAGGGAAUAGAAGGUACAGUGUGCAGUAACGCUUGGGAUGAUCGAGAUGCCGAAGUUGUUUGUCGGUAUCUUGGUCUAGGUAGUCCAGCUGUGGCGGAAACUCUGCCAAGGGACUUUGGCUUCAACAGGACAGCGUUUGGUAUACAUUGUCUUGGCAACGAGACUGAUAUUUCGCAAUGUAGUGCCGAUACAUAUGAUGUAACUAUGGGAGCAUGUGACCAAAUGGGCGAUGCUGUGGCGAGAUGUGCAAUGAUGCCAGUGACAAACAACAUAACACACGACGUAUACAUUGAUCCAAGUGGUCGAGUUAUGAUGUUUGAUAAAGCAAAGAGAACUGAGGGCACUGUGUGCAGUAACGCUUGGGAUGACCGAGACGCCGAAGUGCUUUGUCGAUAUCUUGGUCUAGGUGGUCCGGCUUCAGCAGAAACUUUGCCAAGGGACUUUCGCUUUAACAGAACAGCGUUUGGUAUACAUUGUCUUGGAAAUGAGACUGAUCUUUGGCAAUGCAAGGGUGACAACUACGACGUAACUAUGGGAGCUUGCAACUAUAUGGAUGAUGCCGUGGCGAGAUGUGGAAUCACGCCCAAGACAAAUAACAGGACGGAAGAAGUAUAUAUCGGUCCGAAUGGUCGUGUCAUGGUGUUUGACAAAGUUAAGGGAAUAGAAGGUACAGUGUGCAGUAACGCUUGGGAUGAUCGAGAUGCCGAAGUUGUUUGUCGGUAUCUUGGUCUAGGUAGUCCAGCUGUGGCGGAAACUCUGCCAAGGGACUUUGGCUUCAACAGGACAGCGUUUGGUAUACAUUGUCUUGGCAACGAGACUGAUAUUUCGCAAUGUAGUGCCGAUACAUAUGAUGUAACUAUGGGAGCAUGUGACCAAAUGGGCGAUGCUGUGGCGAGAUGUGCAAUGAUGCCAGUGACAAACAACAUAACACACGACGUAUACAUUGAUCCAAGUGGUCGAGUUAUGAUGUUUGAUAAAGCAAAGAGAACUGAGGGCACUGUGUGCAGUAACGCUUGGGAUGACCGAGACGCCGAAGUGCUUUGUCGAUAUCUUGGUCUAGGUGGUCCGGCUUCAGCAGAAACUUUGCCAAGGGACUUUCGCUUUAACAGAACAGCGUUUGGUAUACAUUGUCUUGGAAAUGAGACUGAUCUUUGGCAAUGCAAGGGUGACAACUACGACGUAACUAUGGGAGCUUGCAACUAUAUGGAUGAUGCCGUGGCGAGAUGUGGAAUCACGCCCAAGACAAGUAUGAUUCAUUAG